UGUCGGGCGCGGGCAGGCGGCGGGCGCGGCGGUGCGGGGCGGAGCUGCCCGCCGCUAUGGAGCCCGACUCGGUGAUCGAGGACAAGACCAUUGAGCUGAUGUGUUCUGUGCCAAGGUCUUUGUGGCUAGGCUGCUCCAACCUGGUAGAGAGCAUGUGCGCACUGAGAUGCCUGCAGAGCAUGCCCAGUGUCAGAUGUCUCCAGAACACAUCAGUAAUGGAGGAUCAGAAUGAAGAUGAGUCUCCAAAGAAAAAUACCCUGUGGCAGAUAAGUAAUGGAACUUCAUCUGUGAUUGUCUCAAGAAAAAGACCAUCGGAAGGAAACUACGAAAAGGAAAAAGACUUGUGUAUUAAAUAUUUUGACCAGUGGUCUGAAUCAGAUCAAGUUGAAUUUGUGGAACACCUUAUUUCACGAAUGUGUCACUAUCAGCAUGGACAUAUUAACUCUUACUUGAAGCCCAUGUUACAACGGGACUUCAUCACUGCGUUACCAGAGCAAGGCUUAGAUCACAUAGCAGAAAACAUCCUUUCCUAUCUUGAUGCCAGAUCACUCUGUGCAGCAGAGCUGGUAUGUAAGGAAUGGCAGAGAGUCAUCUCUGAGGGAAUGCUAUGGAAAAAAUUGAUUGAAAGAAUGGUACGCACAGAUCCACUAUGGAAGGGACUGUCAGAACGAAGGGGUUGGGAUCAGUACCUGUUUAAAAACAGACCAACAGAUGGCCCUCCAAAUUCAUUUUACAGGUCCUUAUACCCAAAGAUAAUACAGGAUAUAGAGACUAUAGAAUCUAACUGGCGAUGUGGGAGACACAAUUUGCAAAGGAUUCAGUGCCGUUCUGAGAACAGCAAAGGUGUCUACUGUUUACAGUAUGAUGAUGAAAAGAUCAUCAGUGGCCUACGAGAUAACUCCAUUAAGAUCUGGGACAAAACAAGCCUGGAAUGUUUGAAAGUAUUAACAGGACAUACUGGCUCAGUUCUUUGUCUGCAGUAUGAUGAAAGAGUCAUUGUAACUGGAUCUUCAGAUUCUACAGUGAGAGUUUGGGAUGUAAAUACAGGUGAAGUCCUGAACACGUUGAUUCAUCACAACGAAGCAGUGCUUCAUUUGAGGUUCAGCAAUGGCUUAAUGGUGACAUGCUCAAAGGACAGAUCAAUUGCUGUUUGGGAUAUGGCAUCACCUACUGACAUCACCCUGCGCCGUGUUUUAGUUGGCCAUCGUGCUGCUGUUAACGUGGUGGACUUCGAUGACAAAUAUAUUGUGUCAGCAUCAGGUGACAGGACCAUUAAAGUGUGGAGUACAAGUACGUGUGAGUUUGUUCGUACUCUGAAUGGGCACAAGCGUGGCAUUGCAUGCCUCCAGUACAGGGAUCGACUAGUUGUCAGUGGAUCUUCAGAUAAUACUAUUAGGCUAUGGGACAUUGAAUGCGGUGCCUGUUUAAGAGUAUUAGAAGGCCAUGAAGAACUGGUUCGAUGCAUCAGGUUCGACAAUAAGAGGAUUGUUAGUGGAGCCUAUGAUGGCAAAAUUAAAGUUUGGGACUUGCAAGCUGCUCUUGACCCUCGUGCCCCAGCAAGUACAUUAUGCUUGCGUACAUUAGUGGAACAUUCAGGACGUGUCUUUAGACUCCAGUUUGAUGAAUUUCAGAUCAUCAGUAGUUCCCAUGAUGAUACAAUUCUGAUUUGGGAUUUCUUAAAUGUGCCACCGAGUGCCCAGAAUGAGACCCGCUCUCCAUCUAGAACAUACACUUACAUCUCCAGAUAACAGUCUGCACUUUACUACCCUCAGAAGGGUUUCACAGUCUUGAACUACUGGAUUUUUGGCAACUACAUGCCUGAAGAUGUUGGUUGACAGCUAAAGUCAGAAUUGGUUCUAGAUGCUGUGUAGAUGCAAAGCAGCACAAUUCUAUAUCUAAAUUUCUUAAUCUUUCCUGCUCUCAGUGGUCAUCUCUGAAUUUACUACAAAUUCACUGACGUGGAGUAGAUGAAUUUCAGAAGCCUGUCCUUCCCUGCAGUGAGAAAUCCAAAGCUUCACAUGUAAAGUGUCCGUAGAAACUGAACUCCGAUGGCUUGUUUUUCAGAAAUAAAUCAGAAGUCAAGAAAGGACUUGGCCUAAUUUAUAUUGCUUUGCACUUUUGUCUGACUUUAAAGAAUAAGAAACAUUCUCCAAUGAAAUUUGGGUGCCAAACACAUACCCAGAAUGUACAGAGCUUUGCUUUCAGUCACCAUUGUCCUUUAGACUUUACUCUCAUGAGAGAUGCAGAGCCCGUUCUGUUUGCUAGGAGUGUACGUUGGACUCUUAGAACUAUUUCUGAAUUGCUCAGUAAUAUUUUUGGAUUACGGUUUACUUGUUUCUGCACCAAUAAUUUCUUUUAAAUUAAAGAUUACCUGUACUUCAGGCUAGGUUAUCUAAACUAGUUGUAUAGCACUGUCUUUUCCUUUUAACUGUGCUCUGUACUGCAGCCGUCCUAUGCUUCCUAAUGUUUGGUAUAGUAAAACCUUCCCAUGUGUGCUUGCCUCAUUUCCAAUACUGUAUAAGCAUGUAGAUAUAAUGUACAUAGCAGUGGAACCUCCGGGUGCUGGAGUCAGGGUUGCCUGACACUGCACACUAACACAAGAAGUGGUAGCACUUGGCAGCAGGAUGUUCUAACUGCUGGCGCUGGAGGCGUUCGUCUGAGUCACCGAGAGGUUUCUCUCUGCAAGAAGGAGGUUUUCAGUAUUCAUUAGGGUUGGUUUUCUGUUUUUCUGUUUUUUGUGUUGGUUUUUUUGUUGUUUCUUUUUUUUUAAUGGGAACUCCAGAUUUUAAAAUGUAAUUUCUAAACUUUUUAAAAAUUAAACAAAACCAGGUUUAAUUUAUGUUCUGUAUCUUAUUUGUGUGCCGCGCUAUGUCCAGGUGUCUGUAAGAGCAGCAGGUCCUCGCAGCCGCCUGCUCGUGUCCCUCAGCAUUAGUUGGGCUGCUCAGUGGAGAAGAUGCCAUGGGCCAAAGUUCAGUUCAUGUAUGUGUGAUCUGUGACACUUCCUCAUGGUGGAGAGGAGGUUCCCUUGGAGCCAGUGCUGCGCUUACCCUGCUGAUUGCUGUGCUAGUAAUGACCCUGCUGGUUUUCUCUUCCAUAGCCGUUUGCUGUUGCCAUGUCCUGGUUGCGGCUCCUCCUCGUUGGCGCUGUUCUGAGGAAGUCUCAGUAGUCUCUUCUUCUGUUGUCAUGGUCUCUCCUCAUUGAUGUGCUCAUAGAAAUGCUGCUGCAUUUGUCUCAUGUCAGAGCAAGACAUGGAUAAAUGCAAACACGGAUGUUUUUUACCUGCAUUACCCAUGUGGCUGUGCCUGUCGGUGGCUUUUCCUUUAUGCUUCACUCGAGCUCAGCGUGGAACCCACCUCUCCUGGGGAAGACGUGUGCUGGCACCGAAGUGUGCUCUCAUUCCUCUGAUCGUUUGUACGUCCUGUGCGUGUCGUCCUCUGGCAGCACUGUCUUGGGUUUGCAUUGUCCCCUGUUCUGACCAGGUCUGGGGUGUCUGAUGGUGUUCCCAGUGGUCAGACGCAUCGUUUCCGUGUCACCUGAACUCAGAGAAUGCGCAUGUCAAGGUGUUACCGUUACAGAGCUGCAGCUUCGGGUCGUCUCCUGCUCACCCUUCACGCUGAGGGAGGGUGUUGGGAUCAGUGUUGGAGUGAAGCUCCCCUGUACUUACAACAAUGAUUCUUUCACCAAGGUGACCGAAUGUGAUGAAGGGUGGAAGAGUCAAAACCUGCUCCUAAGCUGCUCUAGGGUCACUCUGUGGUAAGCUUGGCAGUAGCGCGUGCAAGUGUCUUACUUUACCCGUCUCAUCCAAUAGCUUUAAUAUCAACCCAUCUAUAAACAACCGCCCUGUUGCAGCCCUGAAGAAAAAGGUAUUUGUUUCCCAAGAGCGGAGUCCUUUUCAUAAAUGCAUGUAUAAGAUUUCAAUUCCUCUUUUUCCUUGGGCGAUAACGGUGUGUGAACAUGCGGUCUGACCUUCCUUGUGCUUCGUGUACCACAGCAGUGGACUUUGUGAUUGGCACCCAAGGAACUUGACUCCUGGGAUUAAUGGUAGUGAUCCUGGCUGCACUCUGGACUUGGUUUUGCUAACAUAACUGAGCGACUGUACAUUACUGCUAUAUUAAUGUUUCAAAGCACUGGGAUAGUCGAAUUCUAACUUGUAAUUAUGUUUGCCAAUUAUCUGUUUGGAAAGUUGGUGUAUGAACAGCUUCUGAAACUGUUGAAUUGUACAGAUCCCGUUCCUGACCUGAGGCUUUGUACUGUGGAAUGUGCUUAAUAAAAAAUAUAAAACCAAA